CCGAAAAUAUACAAUAUAUAUUAGUAUUACAUAAUACGACUGUUCUAUCGUCAGUAAAAUAUAUUAACAUUAUAUUUAUAUACCGCGAUGGUCAUCCUGGACGAGGAUAACCACGUUUUAAACAUUCGGUUGGUCAAGCGUAUUGGUUUAUAUCAGAUUUUGGAUCCCGAAACCGUUAAGUGUCGCGGUCAAAACGUCUAUCACAUUGUCGUGGCACUCGCCGUGCUGUACUUGUGCGCCGUUUCGGUGAUGUUGAACGUCAGCGGCGUGUAUUAUUGGACGGACAACGUGGCCAUCAUAAGCGUAGACUAUUUCUGGAAAGCGCAGACCGGGUUGUUCGUCUUCUACAAGAUGUGGAUCGCCGUCUACCGGUCGGACGACGUGUGGAACUGUCUGUCGGUCACGCGGUACGGGUUCACGUCGUUCAGCGUCCGGUACGGACACAUACUGUACCGCUGGCGAGAACUUUCCGUGUGGUUCACGAACACGCUGACCGUCAUGUAUUUGACGUCGCUGGCGUUUUUCUUGUGCAGUUCCUUGGCGUUCCGCAAAGACGUGUUGCCGGUGAAAAAUCACGACGGAUCCGUCGGGUAUUACCGUCAGAAUAUUUUGAACUUGUAUUUAAUCGUGUCCGACGAAACGUACAACGCGCACUAUUACGCGUUUUAUUUCGUCGAAUCGUUUUCCGUCGUACUGCUGACAAUAUUGUUUCUCGUAUUCGACAUCCUUCUGGUUACGCUGUGCUUUGCUCUGUGCUGUCAGAUGCAAAUGAUUUGCUCUGCGUUUGAAUCGGUCGGAUAUGAAUCGCCAAGCGGCCCCAAUUCUUCCGUCGAUUGUAUGGAUGAAAACAAUAAGGUUUCUAUUGAUUAUGAUUUAAUCUAUUAUGAUGAAUUAAAAACAAUUAUAAUGGAUCACCAAGCAGUUAUGAAGAAAUUUGAAGAAUUAUUAACUCUAUUUCAACGAGUAAUGUUGUCACAAUUUGUUAUUUCAUCGAUGUCGCUUAUCAUCAUUUGGUUUUUUUUCAUAUUGAAUUUAUUUGGUGACGAUAGAUUGGUAACUUCAGAUGUUACAACAAUAAAAAUGGUUUCCCUUAUUCCUUCAUUUACAUUUCAGAUAUACAUGGCAUGUUAUUUAUUUGCAAAUUUACACAGUCAAAAAGAUUCAGUAAUAUUUGCAUUGUACAGCAGUAAUUGGACCGAAAUGAAUAUGAAGUGUAAAAAAUUGAUAUUAUUAACAAUGCAGAUGAAUAAUGUUUACUAUAAAAAGUUUAGAUUCACUAAAAAAAAAGUUGUAAAUUUGGAUAUGUUUCUUAAAACAUUGAGAAAUUGCUACACAGUUGUAUCAGUUUUAAUAAAUUGUUUAAAA